UUAUUCGUGGCUACAUAAGGAAGUGGUGCCUCGCGUCUUGAACCACCAGGAUUUGAAGAAAGCACUCGGUUACGUGAAAGGAAGGAGGUGCAGGUGCUUGUUUUCCAUGUAACCAGGUGACAGGAGAGCAUGGGCAAAUAAACUACCUGCAAGAGAGAAAAAAGAGCGAGAGUGUGAGUGAGCAGCAGCCAGAGAGAUCCACCGUGCUGGAUAUGAGUUUUGAUUCUGAAGUGAUAACAUGAUCUCGUCUACCUGGCUCUGAUCUCCGAAUGAUGACCGGUCUGGGUGGGAUCAGAACUUCCUUGGUAACCUGAAGCUCUUACACGACUUCACCGAUAUGACAUACCUGGCUCACACGGCCCAUGCCCAGCUCUGUGCCCUCUGGUUGAGCUGCAUGGGCUGGACCCUCACGGUUGUGGCCAUGGGACUCAUCCAGUGGAGGGUUUGGCAUGUGUCUGACAUCAAGGUCAUCAACUCUGGGGUGGCCUGGGUUGGCAUCUGGAGGGCCUGCUUCAACAGCCACACCCUGGUGACACCCAGCUUUAGGGUUAUGCACUGCCAGUUCAUCAGCCUGACCGAGGCCUUCACACCCCCGGAGAUCGUGGCAGGUCAGGUCCUCAUGCUCCUGUCUCUGCUCGUGGGGCUUUGUGGAAACGCUGGUGGAGUUUAUUCCCUGAGAAAUGUCUACUUUGGGAUGGAGAAGAACUCCCCGAUUCGUUUGGCGUUCUUUAUCUCUGGUGUGCUGUGUCUUUUGGCAUCAGUGAUGGCACUGAUACCUCUCCUGUGGAACAUAAGCUCAGUGGUUACCAAUCAGACCAUAAAGUUUCCCCCUGAGUUUAAAAUGCCCCCAGCUCCUGAUUCUCAACAGGUGGGGCAAGGCAUCGGGGUUGGGUUAGUGGGGAGCGUCCUGUUGAUAGUCUCUGGGAUUGUUUUCUGUACCUACAGGUUACCUGUGAGGUCACAGCCUACAAGCCAGCAGACUUUGAGGGAAGAAGUGAACCUGGACUGCUCUUCACCCGCAAAAUCUGGGACUGAUAUGGUGUUAACAAGCGUCACAAGUAAAGAUAAUCCAGCGUUUGAGUCUCAUGAAGACGUGUGAUUAGGCUAACUCGUGUUUGAAUGAGAAAAACAGAACAGAGAACAAUCAUCUGAUGCACGCUUUUCCUUCAGAAAAUUAAGAUUGCACUGAAAAAUAACGAAAUGCUGUUUACAAAAAAUAUUAUCAAUGGUAUGUAUUUUUUUAAGUUUAUGUAUGAAGUUUUUAAAAAAUACAAAUAACUGACGUGUUGAUAUAUCAUCCAUUAUAACUUUAAGAUAUAAACUCAUGCAAAUUAAUUACAUCUAUAAGUGUAUUUGGAUGGCUAAUUCAAUAUUCAAAGUAUUCAAAUAAAGUGUGCACCCUACAUGAAAGAACAUUUUUACAUCAAUGCAAAUAAAGUAUGAUGCAGCAGGAAAUGUUCACUAUGAGCCACCUCUUCAUCAGGUUGCAUCACACGAGGUAUACUGUCAUGAAUGUUAAAUUAACUAAUAUAUCAUAAAUAUACAUUCAUUCUUUUUAACAACUGUUGGCAUAACGCUGCAUGACUUUACAGUUAUGUGUGAUAAAGUGAAACUGAAGCUGUUUCUACAAAGUCUAGAAAGUUUAUACAAUAACAUGUAUUGCCUCUGACUUCAAUAAUUCAAUUUUUUUUUUAAAUGCUGUGUUUUAUCUUUUUUUUUUAAAUAAAAGAAAACAUUCAUGUAAGAAAAAAACUGUUGUCUAGUUAUAAUCUCUGCUGGAUGUGGACACACAACUUUAUCCAAGGGACUUAAAUUAAAGAUAUGAGAGGAAAUCCACAAUAAAAUUAACAAAUUCCUUUUUCUUUUCUUAAAUAUUUUAUUCAAAAAAAGCAAAAAGAUCAUCUCGAGAAUUUCAAACCAUCUGUAUCAAUGUUCCUCUGAUAGUGAACAGUUCCUUCCCCUCACUGAGAUCAGUGGUGUGGCUCAAAUCACCUGCUGUUCACUGACGCAUGAUGGAAAAAUGAUAACAGUCAGGUUGAGAAAGUCAAAUUCAGAAAAUGUUUAACCUUUAAGGACAAUUGUAAUGUUUAUUUUAUUAUACACACCUCUGGAAGUGACACUUAAAGACAAUAGCAAUUAUUACUAAAGUGCUACUAAAUUUGACUAAGGAAAGGAUCAUUAAAUUAUUUAUUUUGAUCCUUUUCUAAGAGUGUGUGUGCGUGUGUGUGUGUGUGGGGGGGGGGGGUCAUAUAUGGCAGUAGAGAAAGCUAAUAGUGUCCCAGAGGUGCAGCUCAACUAUUGUCCUUGGCAGAUUUAACCUGACGUUUUGAGUGUUUGUGAGGAAUGAAACAACCACGCUGUCACACGUCCACAUUUGUAGUUGGUUAUUCCAUUCUUCAGGAGUGAAGCAUCUGAUCAUGCAAGCAUCUAUGUUUCUUAUUUACGGUCCCAUUCUAAUUACAAAGAUGACACAGUUUGGGGCUGUUCUUUUGAGGAACUUCUUACAGUACACAGACUAAGAGUUCAUUCCAAAAAGAAAA